AGAGGCGGCAAAAACAUUUUGAAGAGAAGGCCUAACGUUGGACGAGAGAGUAUGUCAACAAUAUUGAUUGUCAUGGAUUGUAUAGACAGCUCUCGUCCGAUUCAAUGGAGAUUUUUCAAAUGCUGAAUAUCUAGCAUAUAAAAGUGCAGUUUCAAUUAAUAGUGAACGCUAGCUAUUCAAGUUAUUUGGAGCAAGCAAAAAGUGUCAAGCAUGACAAUGAAGGGGACAGAAGAUCAGGAUGACCAGGAGGAAACGUGGGAAGAGUUUUAUGAAGAAAACAGAGUCAUUCCACCACACCCAAGUAGACUGCAUACAACGAAAAGUCAAAACAGUUUUCCAUUUUGCUUAACUUUGAAGUCACUUGAAGGCAUUAACAUCCCUCCAGGUUUUUCAACUGACACAGUGGAGUUCCAAGUCUCUGUAACUUUUUAUGAUGCUGCAAACUAUUGGUUCUUUGGGAACACUUGGAAGGGCCCAUUGGUAUCAGCAACUAGCAGGAUUGGCAGCACAGCUAAAGUGGUUCUCAAUGAGCCACUUUACUUUCAUUCUUGCUUGAAUGACUAUACAAUAACAUUGGUAAUAGAAGUUGCUGUUGCUGAUAGCAAGUUAUACCAGAGUGUAGGAUGGUCAAUGCUGAGAAUAUUUUCUAAUGUUGGGAAGUUACCAGACACAAAAGGAGCUGCGUCUGCAUUGCACCAAAGGUUGACACUCUACUAUGGAACCCCAGCUGGUCUGCUGCUCCUUUCCGAACCAAUUGAAGAAUUCAUGGGUUUACAGCCUAUAGAAGAUUGCGGAAUAAAUUACAGCUUGCAGUCACAUUUUGCAUUGGAAGAGGUACUGCAUCUUAUGCCAGAAAAUGUGGUAUUAAGUGGCGAUGACAGGAUUCCAGGAGUCUCAGAGAUUGGGGCUGAAACCGAGUCAGGAAUCAUUGAUAUUUUAAGAGUUCCCAAGCUUUUGAAGCCUUGGCCGUGUUAUAUUGGAAAGCUUUCUCUGUUUCUAUUCCCUUCUGUCGAAAAAUUCGAAGAGAAUCUUUGUAGAGCUGUCAACGAGGACAGACUGGCCAAAUAUGCAAUUGAUCCAGAUUCAUCCGAAGUGACUGUAGCCGAAAGGAGGCUUUUGGUUGGCGUUCACAAUGGAUGGACAUUUAUCAAAGAGCAUCAUAUUGGUUAUUUACAAAAGUCAAAUAACAGCAGUUCUGGUAGCCUUCGUAGUGAAGGACUAGCAAGAGAAACAAAGUCUCUAACGCUGAGAAGUAGAAUUGAGCUAGAUGAAGUUGCCAACCACCCAUUGUUCGCUGUUGUCUUUCAAAUACAAUAUAUCCUUAAUGUCCCUGUCAUGAAACUUGAACUUCCAACAGACAAAAAGGCUCGAUCGAGGCUUGGUUCAUCAUUCGGUAGCAUGCCGCUUUCACAGAAAACCGAGGUGAUAGCGAGGUGGUUGGUUUGGAAUCCGUUCGAAAGUGAACUUCCCGCUGUUGCUGACGUCACAGUUGACCUUGCUGGAGGACCAGGAGCCAAUCCGUCUCACUCUUUUUGCUUCACUCGCAAAGUCAGUAACAUUGAAGAGACUAAAAAAAGGACAUCACUUGGAAAGAUUCAAUUCACGUUUACCCAGGUAAAGAAACGCAGAGAGUCUGUUCGAAGGCGCUCGUUGCUAGCCGGGGGUACAACAUCUGGCAACAAUUCAGAAAUGUCCAACCUGAUGGACACUGGCCAGGCACAGGCGAUCACAAGCACCCCAUUGGUCCACAACAAAUCCCCAGUGCCAGGAAAUCUAAGAUCUGGUGUUCAAGGCUCAAUUCCCUUUCCGGGUAACCAACCCGCUACACAAUUUUCAAAUGCUCCUGAGAGACAAGAUCUUGAGGCAUUAGAUUUGUCGAUGCUCCCUCCUACACAGCAGUACACUCCUAUACUUGCCACUUCAACGAACCAACCAACCAGCUUACCCACUUCACUGUCAAGAGCAGCCUAUGCUAAGCUUCACGGUGCUGGUUUCCCCGUGAUCACUGACAGCAAAGGGAAUCCUCCUUUUGUCGUUGAUCCUGGUGAACUUUUACGCUACAAUGUUGAGCAAGAGGAAGCAGAUUCGUUGCAGUCAAAUGAAAUUAUCCUCCAGUUUCUUGCUAUUUCAAUGUGCAAGCAUCCCGUCGUAUUUCUAACUUUCCAGUUUUACCGCUUUCCGCAAGUUUCAACUGAAAGGUUGUGUUUAAGAGACCUCAUCAAGCAGACUUCACAGAAUUUGCCCUGUGUUUUGAUCAAGUGUGAUAAAGAAGGAAAGCCUGUGAACACGUCUCCGGGAUUGCAGGUCAAGUAUACUGUUGAUCCUGCUUACAUGCAGCCUGGGGAGAAAAGGUCCUUUAUUCGGUAUUUACAUGAACAAAGGAUGUACAUAGAUUUAUGGGAUGGAGAAUCGCUCAUGCUCAUUGGCUCGACAUCAGCGGAGCUCAAAUAUUUAAUGCGGCAAGGCAAAUCAUCUGUGCAAGCAUCUCUUGAGUUGGAUGUAACUUCAGUGGAUUACGUCGAGGAUGAGCUUGCAAUGGCUGGUGACAUGGCUCAAAAUGGACGCAAAAUUCCAACAGGGGCAAAUAUUUCUCUAGAAGGAAAACUGUACAUGAGAUUAGCAAAUGUCGGCUAUUCAUCUGAUUUCAACCCAACGAAAGCAGGAACCCUGCCUCAAAUGAGAUCAACAGUUAUCAUCCCUGAUACGAUGUCAGGAUCAGUAAAUUUAAGUGGGUCAUCACCAGCCCUGGGAAGAAGCAAAACGGCAAGGGCAAAGCUAAUGACUGAGUGCGAUUCAGAACUAGCGAAUUUGCUUUUCACGAGGCGAAAUCAGACAGCCCCGAUUGAGCGAAAAACAACAAGGGAAGCCGAGGCAGUGAGGAAACGGAAACUGGAUAGGAUGCAAGCUGUCAGGCAAAUUCAGCAAAAUAAUGUCGUGAAUGCCUUUGUGCUUCAAAAAGAGGAAAAAGUGCAACGGCACCGGGACUUACAGACAAUUAAAGUGUACAGAGAAAGAUGUAAACACGAGAGCAUCAUAAACUCCCUUGAAGGAGGAAUAACAACUCAGCGCACCGUGCAUGCAUCAUUAGGAAAAGCUGAAUUUUUCGAAUUUGCUCUCAAGAAUCCAUAUUCAGUGGAUCAGAAUUUGCAAAUCUUUUGGGAAGACAGGGACGUUUCUGUUAUUACAAAUGCUCGCGAGUGGAGAUAUUUCAAACAGCUUACAAACACGAAAACAGCAAUUGAGGAGAAUAUGUUGAGUGACCUAGACUCUGUGGUUCAAUUAUAUUUGAAAGCAAAUGAAACCGUACAUAUCCCAUUCAAGUUGCAGUGCUUCACUGCGGAAGGUGCAACUCCGGAGCUCGGUCCUCCUCAUCCACUCUUUGCAAAGCAAACCAAUUAUUUAUGUCAAUCCCUGGUAAAAGAUACUGGAAUCACAUCCAAGUCGAUUAAGAUAUCGUUUGUGACUGUAGACCAGAAGCCAAUAGCCAUCUUAACGCUUAAUGUCGAAAUGCAUCCUCAUACCAUUGAUCAAACUUUUCGCUUUUCAAACGCUGAACAAUCAUUCUUAAAGAAAUCUAUUCGGCUUCCUCCUUGGCGAAAUCUAACAGGUAACAUAAUGACAGAGGGACAAACAGUGCAAUCAAUAGUGGCACGAUGUACUGAUCAGCAUGUCAUUUGCGAAGUACACGAUGUGCAUGAGAAUGAGCCGCAGGAUGUCAUGAUCAAAGUUCCUUGUGGACCAUCUCCGAAUAUUAGACGUUUCUUUGUUGUUAUCUACGCGGACACAUUCUGUGCAUCUCCAAGUCGGAUAUGGCAAUUUUAUAUUCACUCUUUGCAACGAAUCGACGUUACAUCAACACAAGGUCAACCAACAACAACGUCUAUUGUUCUUCGUGGUACACAGUCCUCACGGUUGGUUAGAUGUUUUUCAUCGAAUGCUGAAGAGCUAGAGGUCUUGCCCAACGAUCCAUUCAUGCUAAUGGCGAAUUCAGUCCAAGAGAUUAAAUUGAAAGCGACUACAAAAUCAACGGGGAACAUCAAAAUGUUUGUCAACGUUGUCGAUUGCGAAUUUCACCAGUUAGUGAAGUCAUGGUUGGUCUGCAUCACAAGCAAGCCUCCGUACAUAUCAAAGACCUUUGAACUCCAACUGAAAUGUGGAGGAGGCCGCGGAUCAAAUAAGAGCAUUACCUACGGCAACCCAUACCCAAUGAAGAAAUCCUUUAGUCUCAACACCAAUCGACCAGAUUUACUGCGUUUCCGAGAAAACGCGUUUUUGCUUGGCAGUGGACAGACUCACAAAAUUAUUCUCGAAUUUCUACCACAACAAUUUCCAGGGCUGGUUGACGUACUUGUUUUUGUUAACGAUAAAGAAGGCAAAAAUGAAGAAACCUUUUGCCUUAGAGCCAGGUACAUUCCUUGAUUUGUGAGUAGAACAAAUCUUAGCCUUUAGCUCUUUAAAUCUAUUUGUUUGGUAUACUUUAUAGCUAUCAUUCAAGUUGAUAAUAAGAUGUUCAUUUAUAAUAGCGAUGUAAAUUUUUCCGAUGUAAAUUAUAAUAGCAUAAGCAUGCAAAGAAACAUCAGAGACACUGUGAAGUCUAUUCUGUAAAUAUUUUCAAUUUUAAUUCCGUGCAUUAUUUAAGCUGAAAAAUACUAAUCUAUUUUAUAUUUCUGUUUCAUCUUUUCUAUUAUUGUCAGAAGCCGUUCAGCUUGAGAAUUGGCCUGAAAAUAUAGCGAUUUUAACUUUCAACCACUCGGACCAUAUCUUGCUUGGCCAUAUCCCUUGCUUCCCUCUUUGUUGCAGUCCUAGAAACCGCCAAGCUAUGCUUUCAGCUCCUUAACUUUUGAAUCUUGAAAGCACAGCCCAUUCUUAAAGUUGGAAAUUUUAAGAAUGAUAAAUGUCAACGAUUGCGAGUGUUCAUAGAAAUUCUCAAAAUCUAGUAUAUUUUUUCGGAUUGGCCCGAAAUGAAAUGCUAACCAGGCCAUUACAAAGACCCCUGGUGACCAGAGUGCCAAGCCACCGCCCUUUUUUUACAAAGUAAAGGCUCUAGAGGGCAAUUUGCCUUCUAUUCCAUUGAGUUUAAUGUUACAGCCGCUACAACGAUGCUAAAAUAUACAGUUAGAUGGUAAAUACUCUAUCACGUUCUGCCAGUAAUUGACUACCCCCCUCUCCCCUCAUUUGGAGGCCUUCCGAACUAUUGUACACCCUUUGCCCCCCCCCCGCGAGCUCAUCCCCAGACCAGAGCGGGAUAUAUUCAAACUGAUUAGAUUUGCCCCCUUCUCACUGCCAAUGACUUUACUAUCACAUUAUUCUUUUAUAUCCAACAAAUUUGGGUUGUCGAGUCCGAGGGGCAAAUCGCUACUGAAAAUGGUGUACGAGAUUAAAAAUCACGAGUGAUUAAUUUGUGAUUAAUUUGAUUUUUUAGUGAUUAAAGUGAUCAAUGUUUUGAUUAAUUCAUGACUUUUUAAGAAUUAAUCACAUAUUCGAAAGUGCUUUCAAAUUGGUUUUUGUGCAAUCAAACCCGUUUGAAGAGGCGACAUAGGGCAAGAUACAUAAAAAAAAAAGAAAAUACAUAAUAGUUUAGCCAAGUCAUAGGUCAAAUUAGACUACACUAUUUCGUGAAUCAAAUGACAACCUAUCAUGACAGUUUGGCAGAGAUUUUUGUUACGUAGAUCAGGAAUCAACGGGGAAUGUGCAUAAAACAGAGACGUUGGGCCCCUGUAGAAAAAAACCGGGAGAAAAUGAUCAUAAGAGGGCCUGCUCAUUUGUAUGACAUCUCCAAUCACAAACCACAGGUCGCAGAAAAUGGUACAUACCAGGAAGCCAUGCACCUACGAAACGUGACAGAGCACUUCGGGCGAGCGAACAUAUUUCCGGCCACGCCAUUCAAAUUAGCUUGAAAUACAUCUCAGAAUGUUUACCGCGUUUUACAACUUUUUAGGCAUACUCUGUUGCGCUUCGUUAAAAUUCAGUUCUUAUAUUGGAAUUCCUGGCUUUAAGAGGCCCCCUAAACCUCGAGGCCUUGGGGCAGUUUGCCCUUCCUUGUCCCCCUCUCGGCGGCCCUGUUCAUAUUCCACGCAUCUCUUUCACAGAGGUCUGUUUGUCCUGGGCUUCACAAACUCACUUGAAAGGGGCCCACCGGGUGUCCCAUCUAGCCCCAACGCCCCAGCUUGGAAGUACUUAAAAAUCGGCAACAAAAUUAUAUUUCAUCUUGUAGCUGUUUCAGCGACCCCGGCGUGAGAACGAGGCCUUCAUUUAUGCUCAUGUUCUCGAGUUUGUGGCAGAUUUUUGAACAUGUACAUAAGUGUGGAAAACCUUGAAAGGGACAUUUAAAAAUCGGCAACAAAAUUAUAUUUCAUCUUGUAGCUGUUUCAGCGACCCCGGCGUGAGAACGAGGCCUUCAUUUAUGCUCAUGUUCUCGAGUUUGUGGCAGAUUUUUGAACAUGUACAUAAGUGUGGAAAACCUUGAAAGGGACAUUUAAUUUUUUCAAUAACAUAGGCGAAUAUACGUGACCAAAGAUUCAAAUAUUUGCGCUUAAUGUGACUGGUGAUUUUUUGUGAUUAAUAUGAUAUUAAUGUGAUUUUUGGGGAUUAAUUUGUGAUUAUUUUUGAGAGCGUACGUGAUUUUAAGCAAUGAUUUGCUCCUCGGUCGAAUCCUCCAUCCCCUUAAGUUGUUUACUUUAGUUUGAGCGUGACAGGGGCAGAAAGUGACUCGACCAAGAUGUUUUCGCAAAAACAAAAAAUAUCGGUUAAAAUUGCAAUCUGAGUCUUCUGCGGAGAAAACUUAAGAUCGUUUUACCAACCCAUGUAAGGAAAAUUAAUAAAUUUCCAUUACAACCAAAUAAGCCGAUCCCCUUGUCAAAGAACGAUUAUCGUGUCGGCCUUUUGAUAUUCUUAAAACAUGAGCAAGAGCAAACACUCUGAAAUAAAAACAACAGGGUAUUAAUGUUACGACUAAUUUAUCUUUAAAUUGCACAAAGUAAAUUCCUUACAGGCUUAUAAUUACAUACUAAAUAAAACUAAAAAUGUUUGAAUUACUCUUAUCAUUUUCCUACAGUUAAAACAUUUUUAUUGCCCCUAUCGGGGGGCUAGCGACUUUCCAACAGAGAAUCUGUGUCGAAGUCCAUUUUCCGCGAAUAGGGGAACCCUAGACCUUGCAUGUUAUAUACAGUUUCUAUUGAUGUCUUUUGUGUAUAAAGAAUGCGAUAACCGAAUGUCAGCUUGCUUCUGUUCUGCUAGGCCACAUUCCCGGAUUUUAUUGACGCUGCAUCCGUCCUUAGGCCCUAACCACCAAAACCAUACAGCGUGCGACCCUGGCGUUUCAAUGCAUAAACAACAUCCAUUGCUGUAACUGUUUUCCUCUUUGCGUGUUCAGUGUAUGUCACAGCAUCUCUGAUCACAUUCUCCAGAAACACUUUCAAGACGCCCCUUGUUUCUUCGUAGAUCAGACCUGAAAUUCUUUUCACUCCACCUCUGCGGGCAAGUCGACGAAUUGCAGGCUUUGUAAUUCCCUGAAUGUUAUCCCUCAGAAUCUUCCUAUGACGCUUUGCACCACCUUUCCCCAAACCUUUCCCACCUUUUCCUCGUCCAGACAUUUUCUUUCCUCAAAAUUUCCUUUCUACAAAUCUUUCUUUUCCUCGUGGUAUUUACGACAACUUUGACAAAUUCAGCUCUCUU